AUGGAAACCUUCACAUCUGAGGAAGAGAUUCCGUUCAUCCCGCUCAAGGACGGUACACAGCGAGUCCCGGCAGCCAGCCUGAAGCCUAUUACCUCUUUCAAGAUCAGAGCUGUCUAUAUCCUCCUUACUACCUCCGUCGUCCUCAACUUGACUCUCCUGUUGCGAAGGGCGGGGCCCGUCAACAGCACAGCGUCGGUCUGCCAAUACCUAUAUUCACCAGCCACGGAAGCCAUUGAGUACAAGCCAGUGAAGUUCACCCGAGGCUACGUCGGUGACGUGCCGCUGUACGAACAACCCCCCUCGGCCGAAGUCGAUGCAGCUUGGAAGGCGCUGUGGCUCUCGCCCGAGAUAGUGUCCAUACCACGUUCUCAGGCAGCGCUCCUACCCAACAGAACAUGGCCUAUUCUCGGCAACGAGGAAAACUAUAUGACCGGUUUGGACAUGUUCCAUCAGUUACACUGUCUGGAUACACUGCGCAUGGCCAUUCACCCUGAAGACUACCCUGAUCUGGACUAUACGAUCAACCACCUCCGGCACUGUGUAGGGCACCUCCGCCAGGCGAUUAUGUGCUUCGGAGAUGUUACUCCGGUUGCAAUGCAAUGGAGUUCAGCUCUGUCGUCGGCGGUCCGCCGCGACGAUAUCAUGCACAGUUGCCGGGUUUACUCGAGUCUGCGCGAGUGGUCGCUGGCACGUCACCUCGAGUAUGAUGGCAAGGAUCUCGCCGUAUACAUAGACGAUCCCCUCUCCGCGUAG